CUACAGGUGUUUUAAACAUUGGGCUUUGCAUGAGAUUAUUUAUGCCUGUAUAAACUCCAGUGUGAGAGAUUAUCUACUGCUGAAUGAAAUUUGGGUUAUGGGUUUGUUUGAGAUGGAGCAAGUGAAGAUACUCAGCACAUUGGCCAGUUCCUUUGGCAUGCGCGUCUUGAUUGGUCUGGAAGAGAAAGGCUUGAAAUAUGAAUACCAAGAAGAGGACCUGCUGACCAAGAAGAGCGACCUCCUCCUGCAACUCAAUCCUGUGCACAAGAAAUUACCUGUCUUUAUCCACAAUGGCCAGCCUAUAUGCGAGUCUCUUAUAAUUCUUCAGUACACUGACGAGACUUGGGAUUCCAAGCAGCUUUUACCCUCUAAGCCAUAUGAUCGUGCCCUUGCGCGCUUCUGGGCCGACUUCAUAGAUAAGAAGUUUUUUGACUCGGCGCUUCGUAUAGUGCUUUCGAAAGAUGAAGAUCAGGAGCAGGCCAAGCGUGAGAUGCUGGAGAGCCUAAAAGCUUUAGAGGGUGCGUUGAAUGAAAUGUCAGGAGGAGGAUCCCUGCCUUUCUUCAAUGGAAAGGAUUUUGGGUUCCUAGAUAUUGCCUUUAUUCCAUUUGCUUCUUGGUUCCAUACAUUUGAGAGUAUGGGGAAUUUCAAGUUACCGUUUGAGAGUGAAUAUCCAUUGCUUGAUGCGUGGGUUAAGAGAUGUAUGGAGAGGGAGAGCGUGAAGAAAGCCCUUCCCUCUCCUGAUCGAGUUCUGGAAUAUGCAUUGCAAUUGAGGAAGAAAUAUUUGGUUAAUUGAAUUGUUUGUUCAUCAUAUGGGUAUUCGACAAAUACCAUGUUUAUACGCAUUUCAGAACUGUAUCGUUCAAUCUCAAUGUUGAUCGAUUUAUAUGCUUGAAGAACAAAUCUAUUCGGUAGAGAUCUGUAAUAUUUAGGCGAUAGGGUUCCCAUACGAGCAUUCAUGCUUCAAACUUUCUUCUCAGAAAAUUGUCGGGGGCCAUUUUUUUCUCUGCACCGUUUGAAAAAAUGCUAAAAAAAAUUAUUUUGUUUCUUA